AUGGAAGGGAUAUUUUUCAAUAUUGAUUACGGUUAUGUCGAAGCAGUAGUAAGGGGAUACAGGAGUGGUCUUCUCACAGCAAACCAGUAUGUCAACUUAACUCAAUGUGACAACUUGGAAGAUCUCAAACUACAACUUUCAUCAACCGAUUAUGGUAACUUCUUGGCCAAUUACUCAGGUCCUUUGACUACAUCUGUAAUUCAAGAGAACUUGAACAAGAAAAUUUACCAACAAUAUCAAUACAUCAAAAGUCAAUCCAGCGGGAAAUUGACGAGAUUUGUGGACUACAUUCAAUACGCAUACAUGAUUGACAAUGUCAUAUUGAUGAUCACUGGUACCCUUCAUGAAAGAGACAAGUCAGACAUUUUGAAGAAAUGUAACCCGUUGGGAUGGUUUGAUACUUUACCCACAUUGAGUAUUGCUACUGAUAUUGAAAGUUUGUAUUCAACAGUAUUGAUUGAUACUCCGUUAGCACCUUUUUUCAAAAACUGUGUUUCAGCUGAUGAUUUGGAUGAUUUGAAUAUCGAAAUCAUUAGAAAUAAAUUGUACAAGAAUUAUUUGGAAGCAUUCAUGGCAUUUGUACAACGUGAAUUUGAUGGACCCGAUAAAGAAAUCAUGACUAGAUUGUUGACUUUGGAAGCGGACAAACGAGUGAUUAAUAUUGCUUUGAACUCGAUCAAUAACUCACAAUUGUCAAUUGAGGAUAAGUUGAGUUUGUUCCCACAGUUGGGACAGUUGUAUCCUACUUAUCACUUGGAGUUGGCUCAAACGGAUGAUUAUGAGCAAUUGAAGUUGGUUGUGGAAAAUAUAGGUGAUUUCAAAGAUCUCUUUAAUGAUGGCAGUGGCGAUGGUAAUGGAAGCAUUGGUGAUGCAUUUUACUUGUUGGAGUUGCAAUACUGUAGAAAUGCAUUCACUCAACAGUUCACGUUGAGUACUGUUUAUGCUUGGUUGAAAUCUAAAGAACAAGAGGUUAGAAAUAUUACUUGGAUUGCCGAAUGUAUUGCUCAAAACCAAAAGAGUAGAAUUGAAAACUACAUUGCCGUUUAUUGA